AAGACAGCCUUUACAUGCACACACGCAAAGAUAAAAAGGCAACGAUCAUGGCAAUCAAAAAGCCCCUCUCACUCUCUUCACUUUCACAAACUAAAGCAACGAACGAGAGCAAUUCUCAUCACAGCAAAGGCAUUAUCAUAACAAUAACAUCUUUUCUCAUUUUCUUACCUUUCUCCUAUAGCCAGCAAUGAGAGUUCCUCCUCCUGCAGUUUCCUCCUCGUCGUCGUCACCACAACCAAAACUCACCACCACUCAAAACAUCGUCGUUAACGUCCCAACUCCCAACCCAACACCAACACCGACAACCACCACGUUGUGCUACGAACCGAGGUCCGUUCUCGAGCUUUGUCGUAGCCCUAGCCCAGAAAAGAAACCAUCUCAACAAGAACAAGAACAUAAUCCAGAAGUGGAACAAGAGGAUCAUGCUUCCUUGCCAAAUUUGGAUUGGUGGGAUUCCAUCAUGAAAGAUUUAGGUUUACAAGACGACUCUUCAACUCCCAUAAUACCCCUCUUGAAAAACACCAAUAAUACCUCAGAAAUUUACCCUAACCCUUCUCAAGAUCAAUUUGAUCAAACUCAAGACUUCACUUCUCUGUCAGAUAUUUACUCUAAUAACCAAAACCUGGCUUAUAAUUACCCUAACACAAACACUAAUCUGGAUCAUUUAGUUAAUGAUUUCAAUAAUAACCAACCAAACAACAACACCAAUAGCAACUGGGAUUUCAUUGAAGAGCUUAUUCGUGCCGCUGAUUGUUUCGAUAACAAUCAUCUUCAACUAGCUCAAGCAAUAUUAGAGCGGCUGAAUCAACGGCUACGAUCUCCAACCGGUAAACCAUUACACCGUGCCGCGUUUCAUUUCAAAGACGCACUUCAAUCUCUUCUCUCCGGUUCAAACCGGACUAAUCCACCGAGACUUUCAUCCAUGGUGGAGAUUGUUCAAACCAUAAGAACCUUCAAGGCCUUUUCUGGAAUUUCACCUAUUCCAAUGUUUUCUAUUUUCACAACGAACCAAGCGUUACUCGAAGCGUUGCAUGGAUCGUUAUACAUGCACGUUGUUGAUUUUGAAAUUGGUCUUGGAAUUCAAUACGCUUCUCUUAUGAAAGAGAUUGCUGAAAAAGCUGUUAACGGUUCGCCGUUGCUUCGUAUCACCGCCGUCGUGCCGGAGGAGUAUGCCGUUGAAAGCAGGUUGAUUCGUGAGAAUCUGAAUCAGUUCGCGCAUGACCUUGGAAUUCGUGUUCAGGUUGAUUUUGUGCCGUUGAGGACUUUUGAAACGGUGUCGUUUAAGGCGGUUAGAUUCGUCGACGGUGAGAAAACUGCGAUUCUGUUAACGCCGGCGAUAUUCUGUCGACUUGGUUCCGAAGGUACGGCGGCGUUUCUUUCGGAUGUGAGGAGGAUAACUCCUGGUGUGGUGGUUUUCGUUGACGGUGAAGGAUGGACGGAGGCUGCAGCAGCGGCGUCUUUUCGUCGUGGUGUUGUGAAUAGUUUGGAGUUUUACUCGAUGAUGCUGGAGUCAUUGGAUGCGUCGGUGGCGGCGGGAGGAGGGGGAGAGUGGGCAAGGAGGAUCGAGAUGCUUUUGCUCCGGCCGAAGAUAAUAGCGGCGGUGGAAGCUGCCGGAAGAAGAACGACGCCGUGGAGAGAGGCGUUUUACGGCGCCGGAAUGAGGCCGGUGCAGUUGAGUCAGUUUGCGGAUUUUCAAGCGGAGUGUUUGCUUGCGAAGGUACAAAUCAGAGGCUUCCACGUGGCGAAACGACAAGCUGAGUUGGUGCUUUUCUGGCAUGAGAGGGCCAUGGUUGCCACGUCAGCUUGGCGGUGUUAGAAGAAGAAGAAAGAAGCAUGUAGAAAAUCGAAAAACAAAGAAAUUUAUAAGAUGUGAAGCUCACAUUAGCAAGAAUGUAAUUUUAAUUUAACUUUAAUUUAGUUUUUUUUUUUUUAAUUAUGUUAAACUAAAGAUACUAAAAGGAAAAAAAAAAAGCUGGGAAAUGAGAAAUACAAAGGCUUGUAUUUUUUCCAGAUCAUUUUGUUUUUGUGUAAUAUAGGUGAUAAAUUAGGGGGAGGGUGUGUCUAUCUAAUUUAUUAGAGAAGAAAAAGGAGCUAUGUAAGGUGUAUUUUGCUGUAAAAGUGAGAGAUUAAAUAGCUCAAUAUCUGUAAUCUAAUUGACCCCGUUGGUAUUUUGAUGUUUAAUUGUUUGGGAAAAUAAAUGGUUCUAUAACUUUGUC